CCAUGUUGGGCAUCGAAACAAUGAAACCAAAACUUGGACCAAUCCGUGUUUGUGUUGGUUGAGCGCACUUUGCACCAUUUUCCUGCAACUAAUAUUGAUCUGUUUCGGUAACAAAGUCACGAACUUGCAGUUAUGGUUAGACGAAAAUGCAUGCAUGCAUAUUAUUAGCACCAUUAGAAAGAGCAAGGAAUGAAUGGUUUGAAAACACUGUUAUCAUCAUGCAGAACCAUUCACCAAGCGCUUCAAAUCCACGCCCAAAUGGUGGUCACAGGGCGCCACCACGACCCAUUCCUCAUGACACCACUCAUCUCUUUCUUCGCCGCCGCCAACAGCAACGCUCUUCACCACUCCCAUCUUCUCUUCACCCAAAUCCCAAACCCUGAUCUCUUCCUCUUCAACCUCAUCAUCAGAGCCUUCUCUCUCUCCCAAACCCCCCACAACGCUCUCUCUCUAUAUAAAAAAAUGCUAUCUUCUUCCCCACCCAUAUUCCCUGACACCUUCACCUUUCCCUUCCUCCUCAAGUCCUGCGCCAAGCUUUCGCUUCCCAGACUCGGCCUUCAGGUCCAUACCCACGUUUUCAAAAGUGGGUUUGAGUCCAAUGUUUUUGUUGUCAACGCGCUUUUGCAGGUGUACUUUGUUUUCGGGGAUGCCCGUAAUGCCUGCAGGGUGUUUGAUGAAAGUCCUGUGAGGGAUUCUGUUUCGUAUAACACGGUGAUUAAUGGGCUUGUGCGUGCGGGUCGCGCUGGUUGUUCUAUGAGGAUUUUUGCGGAGAUGAGAGGGGGUUUUGUUGAGCCUGAUGAGUAUACCUUCGUUGCGUUGUUGUCGGCUUGUUCUUUGUUGGAGGAUCGUGGGAUUGGGAGGGUGGUGCAUGGGUUGGUGUAUAGGAAAUUGGGUUGUUUUGGCGAGAAUGAGUUGUUGGUGAAUGCGCUUGUUGAUAUGUACGCGAAAUGUGGGUGUUUGGAGGUGGCCGAGAGAGUUGUGAGAAAUGGGAAUGGGAAGAGUGGUGUUGCGGCUUGGACUUCUUUGGUGAGUGCAUAUGCUUUGCGUGGGGAGGUUGAGGUUGCAAGAAGGUUGUUUGAUCAAAUGGGGGAGAGAGAUGUGGUUUCUUGGACGGCUAUGAUCAGUGGCUACUGCCAUGCCGGGUGUUUUCAGGAAGCACUGGAACUGUUUGUGGAGUUGGAGGAUUUGGGGAUGGAACCGGACGAGGUUGUGGUGGUUGCUGCUCUUUCGGCAUGCGCACGGCUUGGUGCCCUUGAGUUGGGAAGAAGGAUCCAUCACAAGUAUGAUCGUGAUAGUUGGCAGUGUGGUCACAACAGGGGAUUCACUUGUGCUGUUGUGGAUAUGUAUGCUAAGUGUGGAAGCAUAGAGGCUGCUUUGGAUGUGUUCCUCAAAACAAGCGAUGAUAUGAAAACUACUUUUCUCUAUAACUCCAUUAUGUCUGGCCUUGCUCAUCAUGGCCGUGGUGAACAUGCCAUGGCUUUGUUUGAAGAAAUGAGGUUGGUGGGUUUAGAGCCAGAUGAGGUCACAUAUGUAGCACUUUUAUGUGCCUGUGGGCAUAGUGGUCUGGUUGAUCAUGGCAAGAGGCUGUUUGAGUCCAUGUUGAGUGAGUAUGGUGUUAAUCCUCAGAUGGAGCACUAUGGCUGUAUGGUUGAUCUUCUUGGUAGGGCUGGUCAUUUGAAUGAAGCAUAUCUUUUGAUUCAGAAUAUGCCGUUCAAGGCCAAUGCUGUGAUAUGGAGAGCAUUGUUGAGUGCUUGCAAAGUAGAUGGAGAUGUGGAAUUGGCUAGACUUGCCAGUCAAGAGCUUCUUGCAAUGGAGAAUGAUCAUGGGGCCCGUUAUGUGAUGCUAUCUAAUAUGUUAACUCUCAUGGAUAAGCAUGAUGAAGCUGCAAGUGUGAGAAGGGCAAUUGAUAAUGUUGGCAUCCAGAAGCCACCUGGUUGGAGCCAUGUGGAAAUGAAUGGAACUCUUCACAAAUUUCUGGCUGGUGAUAAAUCUCACCCGGAGGCCAAAGCAACUGAGUUCAUGCUCAGGGACAUUGAUAUGGGACUGAAAUCUAUUGGGCAUAGUAUUAGUGUAUCAAAAAUGGUGUUUGAUGUAGAUUAAGAACGUUUUUAGGUAAAGAGUUUAA